AUGAGAGUCAAUGGUCAGGUCACGGCACGACUGUGCAAGAGUGUCGGCAAGAGUGUCGAGGACAGCAAUACUUGGCAGGGGAUUGAUAAUACAAGGAAGUGGAAUGUGACACUGGGAACCGAAGAUGUCGAACAGUUCCUUAGCGAUCCUGAAGGCCAUUGCGAAAAGAUUCUGCAGUCACUGCUACGAGCGGCGCCAGAUUCUGUCAAGAACAUCGCUCAGCAGUUAUUCUCCGAGGAGUGUGAACAUCUGAAAAAGCAAUCAAGCGAAAGACCCCUCGGCGAUGGUGUACUGGCAAAGGAGUUAUUGACGAAAUGCAUGCGCCGCACUCUUCGGUCAGAGACGAGUGCAAGCGGCCCUGGGGUCUGGAUCGGUUAG